ACUUAUUUCUAUCUCUCUUUUUAUCUGUGAUUCACUUCAACACUAAAAAAUGCGUGAAUGUAUAUCAAUUCAUGUCGGUCAAGCUGGUGUACAAAUUGGUAAUGCAUGUUGGGAAUUAUAUUGUCUUGAGCAUGGUAUACAACCGGAUGGUCAAAUGCCUUCGGAUAAAACGAUCGGUGGCGGUGAUGAUUCGUUCAAUACAUUUUUUAGUGAGACUGGCGCUGGAAAACAUGUUCCACGUGCAGUUUUUGUCGAUUUAGAACCAACUGUUGUGGAUGAAGUUCGUACAGGAACUUACCGACAACUAUUUCAUCCAGAACAAUUGAUAACAGGAAAAGAAGAUGCCGCUAAUAAUUAUGCUCGUGGUCAUUAUACAAUAGGCAAAGAAAUAGUAGAUCUUGUGUUAGAUCGAAUUCGUAAAUUAGCUGAUCAAUGUACUGGUCUACAAGGUUUCUUAUUGUUUCAUUCAUUCGGUGGUGGUACUGGUUCUGGUUUUACCUCUCUACUGAUGGAACGUUUAAGUGUGGAUUAUGGAAAGAAAUCCAAACUAGAAUUUGCCAUUUAUCCUGCACCACAAAUUUCCACUGCUGUGGUUGAACCAUACAAUUCCAUUUUAACUACUCACACUACAUUAGAACAUUCAGAUUGUGCUUUUAUGGUUGAUAAUGAAGCUAUUUAUGAUAUAUGCAGACGUAAUUUGGACAUUGAACGACCAACUUACACGAAUUUAAAUCGUUUAAUUGGACAAAUAGUCAGUUCAAUCACAGCAUCACUUCGAUUCGAUGGUGCAUUGAAUGUUGACCUGACAGAAUUUCAAACUAAUCUAGUACCAUAUCCACGUAUUCAUUUUCCUUUAGCUACUUAUGCACCAGUAAUAUCAGCUGAGAAAGCAUAUCAUGAACAAUUGAGUGUCGCUGAAAUUACAAAUGCUUGUUUUGAACCAGCCAAUCAAAUGGUGAAAUGUGAUCCACGUCAUGGAAAAUAUAUGGCCUGUUGUAUGUUAUAUCGUGGUGAUGUUGUGCCGAAAGAUGUGAAUGCUGCUAUUGCGACAAUUAAAACAAAACGUACCAUUCAAUUUGUUGAUUGGUGUCCAACUGGUUUCAAAGUAGGCAUUAAUUAUCAACCACCAACAGUGGUUCCCGGUGGUGAUCUAGCUAAAGUACAACGUGCUGUUUGUAUGUUAAGUAAUACAACAGCUAUUGCUGAAGCAUGGGCACGUUUAGAUCAUAAAUUUGAUCUGAUGUAUGCUAAACGUGCAUUUGUUCAUUGGUAUGUUGGUGAAGGAAUGGAAGAAGGUGAAUUCUCCGAAGCACGUGAAGAUUUAGCUGCAUUAGAAAAAGAUUAUGAAGAAGUCGGUGUGGAUAGUGUAGAUGCUGAAGGGGAAAAUGAAGAAGGUGAAGAAUAUUAGGCACCCAGUUUCUUUUUUAUAACAAAAAAUCUAUCCAGUUCAAUAUUCAAUAUAACAUUGAAAUUCAAUCAAUAAACUCUUGGGUGAUAUAUACAUAUAUUAUAUUACAAUGCUUCUGUCUUCCUAUUUGAAAUAAAAAGUGUG